CGUCGCGUGCGUCUAUUUUCUAUUUUUGGUUUAUUUUGCCUCCCCAACCAAGCACAAACACAAGCCUCGCCGUAUUCUCUCGGAGCAAAGCGAACGCGAAACCCCACCCGCGGCGGCGAGAAAUCCGGCGACGAUGAGCCGCGGCACGGGCGCCGGCUACGACCGCCACAUCACCAUCUUCUCCCCGGAGGGCCGCCUCUACCAAGUCGAGUACGCGUUCAAGGCGGUGAAGUCGGCGGGGGUGACGUCGAUCGGCGUCCGCGGCAAGGACUCCGUCUGCGUCGUCACACAGAAGAAAGUGCCGGUGAGUUCUCUUCGCUUCGAUCUAAAAAGAUCGCGGCUUUAUGCUGUUUAUACGGCGAUUAGAGACCAGGAGAGGAGACUGAUUUGUCUUGCUCCUUGUGAUGUGAUUCUGAUUUUGCAGGACAAGUUGCUGGACCAUACGAGCGUCACGCACUUGUUCCCGAUCACCAAGUACAUCGGUCUGCUCGCCACUGGCCUCACAGCUGAUGCAAGGUCCUUAGUCUACCAAGCAAGGAAUGAGGCAGCUGAAUUCCGUUUCAAAUGGGGCUACGAGAUGCCCGUAGACGUAUUAGCAAAAUGGAUAGCAGACAAAGCACAAGUCUACACGCAGCAUGCCUACAUGAGGCCCCUUGGAGUAGUUGCUAUGGUCUUGGGCUAUGACGAAGAGAAAAACGCUCAACUAUUCAAAUGUGACCCGGCAGGUCACUUCUUUGGACAUAAGGCAACUAGCGCCGGUCUUAAGGAGCAGGAAGCAAUAAAUUUUCUGGAGAAGAAAAUGAAGGAUGACCCACAGUUCUCCUACGAGGAAACUGUCCAGAUUGCAAUUUCUGCAUUGCAAUCAGUUCUUCAGGAAGAUUUCAAGGCCACCGAGAUUGAGGUCGGUGUUGUGAGGAAAGAUGAUCGUGUUUUCAGAGCACUCACGACAGAGGAGAUCGAUCAGCACCUAACAGCCAUAAGUGAGCGCGACUGAGCUACAAUGAAGUUGGACAUGUUACUGCUUCACACUGCACUCUAGUCUUUCAGCAGUGUCAUUUUAUUUCAUGUUCAGCCAAGAAACAUUCAGUGAACCAUUUCAUGUAACUCCAAAAAACAGUCAUCAGCUUUACUUGUUGGAUCAUCCUCUAUCGUUGUGGUUGAAUUUACUACGAUUUACUUGUAUGCUGCUUGCAUUUGUUGCGACCUUGAGCUA